AAAAAAGAGCGAAAAAGCUAAAGAGAUAGUAUAUAACAAAGAGAAGAAAUUAUAAGAUAAUCGUAUCAAAAGUGCAUAAAGGCACGCGGGCACUUUGCAGAUUUGUUUUUACUUUCCUUGUAUAGACUUGCUCAUGAAUUUUUACGAUAAUUUAUGUGUAUUUUGUGACUCUUGUUCAUAAUGUUUUAUAUAUUUGACGUUCUGCUGUGCCGGUUACUUCAUCCGCUCCUCCUAAGCGUUGCAUAGAACGCUACGGUAAAACGAUGGCUGAUUAUCUCAGCUUAUAUAUUAGAAUUCUAUUAGACAAUUUGUAAGACACAUGGCAGACAAAAAAUCAGAUUACCAUGCGCCUUGUGCGAAUGAUGAAAAGGAUGAAAUUGAAGGCCUCAAUGAGAAGUUGUUGCAACUGUUAUACGCACAGAAAUUGUCAUCUCUGGCUACAAAUCAGUUAUCGCAUAACAUUCAACUAGAAAAUAAUAGAAGUUAUAAACUAGAAUCCAAUGCGUCAGGUUCUUCAUUGUCCAGUACUCAUUGUAGACAUGAUUGUUCUGUUGUGUAUCAUGAUAAUCCAAUACGGAUGUCAGCUAAACAAUCUUAUCUUCCACCCAUCGGUGUGUUCUGGGAUAUCGAGAACUGUCAAGUUCCUAAAGGUCGAUCCGCCAUAGCAGUGACACAAGUAAUCAGAGACAAAUUUUUUAAUGGCUACAGAGAGGCAGAAUUUAUUGUAGUUUGUGAUGUUCAGAAAGAAAAUAUUCAAAUCAUUCAAGAAUUGAAUGAUGCUCAGGUCAAUUUAAUACAUGUAGCUGCUACAUGCAAGAAUGCCGCAGAUGAGAAGCUUAAACAAUCUAUCAGAAGAUUUGCCGACAUUCAUGGCAGUCCAGCGGCCAUAAUCUUAAUAUCCGGUGACAUUAAUUUUGCUGCUGAUCUCAGUGAUUUACGUCAUAGGAAAAAAAUUCAUGUGAUACUGCUGCAUAAAAAGAAUACCUCAGAAGCAUUAAUAUUAUGCGCUAACGAGCAUUAUGAUUUUUUGGAGCUUACGGAACAACUGCCAUCCAGAACUCCAGCAAAGGGAUGUGAAUCUUAUGAUCUUCUAAUUAGUAACCUUCCUGACGAAAGAGAAGUUUUCAUUAAGCGUCGUCUUAAACAAUUAUCUGACAAUUGUGGUGGUCGUGUGAUAGAUGUCCAGUCAAAUACUGCCAUUGUACGCUUUCCAACUCAAAUUUCUGCAGACAGAGCUCAGAAGCGUAUGGAAGGAGAAUUGGUUUUUGGAUCGAAAAUAUCAGUGAAACAUCUCAACAAGGAAAAGGAAAAUACGGUUGUUAAAAAUUUUGGAAAUAUUACAAUACGAAGUCGAGCAGUUAGCGAAUCGGAGAUUGUUAGUGGCAAUAACCAAAGCGGCUCUAAACAAAUGUACGCUACAAGCGCUUCUGUAUUAGGGACAAGAACCCUUCCAAUUCCGCAUUAUCAGUCGUCGUCAUCCGUAGUGGGUGUUUAUCCUCCUGCUCUUAAUGCUCAUUGUACUGUCAAUGCUCCACCAACAGGGAUAAUACAACAACCUCCUCCGAUAUUUUAUGGAAGGUCAUAUCCGAAUACUGGUGAUUUAACUAUUAAUAGAGCGUAUAAUGAACUCGCUAGAGUGCAGUCGCCUAUAAUCUGGCCGGUUGUAGGACCGCAACAAUAUGGCCACGUGUGGGAAGAACCGUACAAAAUUGAGAAACCGAAAGUAAUUGGAAAACGAGCUCACGUCUCGCAGGUUCGAGAUAAUGCUGUUAGUACAGUUUCUCGUACUUCGGAAAGCCUUAGGCGUAUCAGAGGUACUCACGGUUCAUUUACCCAUUCCUCCGAAUGGAUCGGAGGACGAUUGCCAUAUAAUUCAUUAACUAUUCCAUCUAAUUUUAAUGGAGGACAAUCCAGUUCUUUUAAACGGCGCAGUCCGUCCCCGUUAUAUGACGCACCAACUAGAGAAAAAAAUACGUGGCACAGUCAAAAUCAACAACAAAUUCCCGCGCGAAAGACACCAUCGCCUUAUGAAAACAGCGUGUUACAAGGAGUAGCGCAAUCAUACUUGCUACACAAUCAAACUUCGCGUUCGCAUCUUAGCGAUGCGGAAAACGAAGAAGUGGAGAAAUUUCUCAAUUCUACAAAUCGUAACGGAUCUAGCAGCAUUAAUGUCGCUAACGUGCCAAUAGAAUUGCAAGUAACAAAUUUAGAUCAGAAUAUCGAUAUGAAAGACAUGAAGCGAAUUCUCACAUCUGUGUUCAUGGAGCAUGUGUCUGUCUGUCAUAUCUCAAUAUUUACACAAUCGGACGGCAAUUUUGCUGCCAGUGUUAAAGUGCCAUCUCUGCAGGACGCGCAAUACGCAAUUUCGCAAUUGCAUCGUCGUAAGAUAGGUUACAAACGUAUUUUGAUAUCUUACGCGCAUACAGGUGGACCAAAUCCCCAACUUAUUCGCGCCCAGAUUGUGAUGCUGUUGCAAGAAGUCCCGGGACACAAACUUCCGUUGUUCAAGUUUCGCGAAAUGUACGAGAGCCGUUUUAUGAUCUCUAUAAGCGUAUCCGAAUUAUACAAGAUGAGAGAUGUAUGCAUAAUUACAGAAGAUCCUAGCGGCAGAAUGGUUACACUUAAUCCCGACCAUAGAAACACACCGUCACCGUGCUUUAGCAAAACAGUACAAGAUGGACAAGUAAAAUUGCCGUAUUGCAUACUUCAUCAUACAUCAAAACCAUUAUCCGACAAAGGCUGGGCGGAACAAGAAAUGGCAUCCUUGCCUAAUGUAAAAAUUUCUUUGAAAAUUCUUGAAUUUCGUAUGCAACAAUUAUUGGCAUCGCACAGCGGUAUUCUACCUUUGCCAAGUCUUCCGAACUGCUAUGAAGUCGAAUUCAAAGAACAGUUAGAAAUCGUAGAAAAUGGUGUACCAUUGGAACAUCUGGUAUCAUGCUUAUCGUCCGUUGAAUUGAGACAAGACAUCGGUUGCGUGAAAUAUAUUGUAUGGAUAGGAAAGAAAGAGCAGGAAAAUAACCACGAGGAAACUAAGUGCGUGAGUCCACCGCUUGCAAAUCAGUUAGCCCUUUUUAGUCGCGAAUUAGUCGAUCUUCUGAAAACCGCACCGCACUGCCAAUUACCCUUUAAUCGAUUCAUACCAGCUUAUCAUCAUCACUUCGGACGACAAUGUAGAGUUGCUGAUUAUGGGUUCACUAAACUAAUUGAUUUGCUAGAGGCACUUACACACACAGUCCAAGUAAUGGGCGAAGGUAACAAACGCGUAGUUACGUUAUCGCAUCGCGCGCAGAUACGCCGAUUCACUUCGGAUUUAUUACGAGUAUUGAAAUCCAAAGCAAGUAAACAAGUGGCGCUUUCCGAAUUUCCGAGUGUUUAUACAAGAGUAAUAGCAAAACCGUGGGAUAUUGUAGAUUACGGUGUAUGCGAGAUCGACGAUAUUCUCGGUGAAGUGUCCGAAAGUACGGUCGUUGUAACGCCUAUCGAGGGAGGAGAUAAAAUGAUAGCUAUUCCCAAACGCGAACAGACCAUAGAAGAGAUCGAGCGAACAAAAUUGUUUGCCAAGGAAGUUGUCGAAUUGUUGCAACACGCGCCCCAAUGUAGAAUGUUGUUCAACAAAUUUGUACCUUCCUAUCAUCAUCAUUUCGGUCAUCAGUGUCGCGUGUCGGAUUACGGAUUUACCAAACUGAUCGAAUUGUUCGAGGCAAUUCCGGAUGUAGUUAAGAUUGAUGAGGUGAACGGAGGCGAAAGACAGAUAUCGCUCACCGAAAAGGAGGGUCUGAAAGUACUAGGCGAGCAGAUAUCAAAAUUGGUCACCCGUGCCAAAGGUGGUAUCAGCAUCUCCAGCAUUGCGCAAGCAUUUCUACGUCAGUUUGGUUACGCAUUACGACCCGAAUUAUUCGGUUGCACUUCUAUGUUACAAUUAAUGCAUAAGCUUGGAGAUUACAUUCAAAUCAUAGAUUUGGCCACAGGACCGGCCAUCAUUACAAUAGACAAGUCGCACUUGCAACAAACAACUCUCCAAUGUCGACGUUUGCUCAUGGAGCAACUUCAAUUCAAAAUGCCGGUCAGAGAAUUUGUCCAACAAUAUUCCCAAUGUUACUUGAAACAGUGCAAUCUGGACGAAAUUAUGAAAGAUUUGGCAGACGUUGUUCGGUUUACAGUAAUAAACGGCGAACAAUUUAUUGAACUUACACCGUUACAUCGGUUUGCUUGUGAUCUUUAUCGCGUAAUGAUGAAUUGCGGCGGUGCAUUAAACUUAUCGCAGUUUGAUGUGUCUUACGCAGCCAUCAUAGGUUCAUCUUGUAAACCCGCACAAUACGGUUUCCCAACAAUAACCGCGCUUUUACAAGCCUUACCCUGUACCGUGACAAUAAAAGAGACACGAAAAAAAGAGGCGAUUAUCUAUUUAAACAAAAAGUUAGCUGCUGCGGCAGGUAUACUUUUGCCAACAAUAUUCAAACCAAUGUCGUCCUAUCAAGAUACGGAUUCCAGUAACGAAUCGUUCGAGAGCGAUUCCUCAUGUCGCAUUAAUUCAGCUGUGAACAUAAUGGACGAUCACGAGAACUGGAUGGACAACUUAACGGUUAGUUCUUGGAAGAUAAAAAACGAGAAAACUUUAUGGCCGGAGAAUCGGAACAAAUAUUGGAAUAAUUUGCCAAGUGCGGAAGAACACUCUAUUAACUGGUCACUUCCGGAAAGUGGCGGUGAAAGCUUCUUGAACAGUUUGAUACGCACACCCAGAUUGCAACGUAACUUCCCUCCUCCGCCACCUAAGCCCGAUUCGCCGCUUGAGGAUAUCACGUACAAGAGAGAACAUUGGAAAUCGUGGAUGUCCCCAACAAAAUUUACAUACCCGCAAGAUGAGCAUUCAACGAACGUACAAGUCCCUCCAUUGACCUUGCCGAGCUGGAAUCAAAUUCUAUCCGGCGACGGUACGUCAAACUUGCUAUCGCCAACCAAAAAUCUAUUACCUGCCGCUGCGAAUCCUUUGUACCCGCCUAGUUCCCCUUACUAUACCAAGUCCGUUGUUGCACCACACCCGUCAGAAUUGCCGCUACCUUCACUAUCGCUAACGCCCAAGAAAAAUAUGUCUACCGAUAAUCAGAAGAAAACUGCCGUUAACGCGAGGAUGCAUUUCAAUCUUACAAGUUCCGAAAGCGAGGAUAACACUAUUGAUGAUGAAAGCGAUAGUCACAGUACUUCCAGUAAGCUCUUAAUUAAAGGGAAAAGACGUCUAGCGGCGCAAUUCAAUCAACCAAUCGAAUCAUAGAAACAAAGAUGUACAGAUAUAAAAUAUAUUAAAAAGUGAUAAAGCUCAAGACAAAAAACUACUUGAGCAAAAAAAUCUUGCUCUGGGAUAGUGAUAAGAAAUUACCGGACUACAACAAUAUUUCAGUAGGUUUGUCCAUUUGAGAAGGUCGAAUUACCUAUAUGUAUUAUAUUUUACAGAGAUUGGUAGGUACCGCAUUAACUUAAUUUAUUCUUCAAAUUUACGAUAAAUUUAUGUAUAGAUUACACAAUAUAUGUAAAAUUGAUAAAAAAAAAAAAA